CAUACUUUAGUUUCCCAAAAAUCUUAUGAUGACUUCAGGUGUACUGGGUUUUACAACUCUGGGUUAUGUGGCUAUCUAAUGUUGUUAAAAAAAGCCACUUUAAACCCCAACACUGAUUCUUAUUAUUUUGAUACUAUCGUGGAUAAUAUAUGUGAGAAAAAGAAAGCUAAAAGUUCAUUGUUAAAAUUGCAGAUUCAGACAAUAUAUAUCAAUUUAACUAUUGUUAUGAUUGAUAAAAUAUCAAUAGAGCUUGUUGAG